CAAACAAUAUAAAAUGUUUGUUUAAUAUAAUCUGUUUUAUCCACUAAUGGUUAUAUCAACGCAUUAUCAACGUCCAUAUUCAGUACCACAUUAUUGUUAAUGUCCUUUUAUGAGGUCAUUUCAGUUGACUUACACCACGUCCUCACACUCGCACAAUUCAUAGGUCUUGGCUGCGGUGUCCUGUACAACAUCAGCUGCAUGAUCGUGCCGUUCUACUUCAAUAAGCGGCGAGGCCUGGCCAACGGAGUCCUCAUGGCCUGGGAGGGGGGCGGCCAGUUCCUGGGGCCUCCUCUCAUCAAUUUCCUUCAGGCGCAGUACGGCUUUCGAGGGGCUACGCUAGUGCUGGGAGCUGUUGUCUUCAACUGCGCUGUCGGAGCUGCAGUCUUCCAUCCGGUUGAGUGGCAUUUGAAGCCUUUAGAGAAGUCAGAGGGCGUGAGGCCAGAGCCCUCACAAGGAAAGGUCCCUGACGCACCCACGUUAUCAAACGAGGGCCCGGAUUCUCAGGCGUCUGCAGAAAAUAUCCUUAGCAAGCAAUCGCAAGAAGGGAAGCCAAAAUCCCCCCAAUCACCAGAUACACUAAGGCAACCAAACCAGUCGCAAGUGCCACAAGUCGAUCGUCUACCAGACGGAAUUCCAGAACUACAGAAGUUGCCACAUCCUGCUGCCAAAGAAAAUACCAAAAAGCAGGAAGAUUCAACAAUAGUUCGCUUGAUAAAAUCCACGCUGGCGGACCUUUGCAUCCUGAAACACGCAAGAGCCGUUGUCAUCGCCCUCAGCAUAACACUCACCCUCAACGCCAACGAGAACUUCUUAAACGUCCUGCCCUUCGCCAUGCAAGAGGCCGGCCACAGCCUGCAUGACGUAGCAACAGGCGUCUCGGUGGCAGCCUUGUGCGGCAUGCUGAUCCGCGUCGUCGUGUCGCCGCUCACAGACUUGCCCAAGUUCAACAUGAGGGUUUUCUUCAUGUUUGGAAGCCUCGUCGUCGCCCUUUCAAUGAUAGCCUUUACACAAAUGGAGGAUGUCCUGUGGCUGACAGUUGUACUAGGAGUGUGGGGCAUCGGCGUAGGUAUCAUCAUGAGCAUCUACGUUUUGAUCAUGAUCGACUACAUGGGACUGGAUGACUUCGUGCCGACGUUCGGAGCGACGAUGCUCGUUGUUUCCUUCGGUUACCUCAUCAUCGGCCCCAUUCCAGGUUAUGUCCGCGACGCCACAGAGAGCUACACUGCCGGCAUUAGUUGUCUCGCGUCCAUGAUGGUGGCUAACUUCAUCCUUUGGGCUUUUAUGCCUCUGGCCGUUUCUUGGGACAACCGGAAGAGCAAUCCCGACCAUCAUCUGCCUUGAGCUUUUGAAGAACUUUUGCUUUCGAUCAUUUAUUAGGGGUAGCACCCUGUCAUUGAUCAUUUAUUAGGGAUAGCACCCUCUGUCAUUGAUCAUUUGUUAGGGAUAGCACCCUUUUUUACCAAGCAUUUGUUAGGGAGAGCACCUUUUGUUAUUAUUUGUUGGGGAUAACAUCACUGAACUUUUACUAAUUUUAUUGUUUUUAGAUGCGUAUCAUUUUUUUACGGGGUAGUUGCAGGAUCCAUACUUGUUUUUUUUACUAUACAUGUUCUCUGACGCAGUGUAGUCUGUCUCAUAUCAUUUUACUAGAUUCAUUACGUUACAAUUUAUCACAAUACAUCGCCUAAAGUCGUGUUCACCGCUCUGUACAAAUAAAACACGUUUUUCGUGUGUAUUCUCAAUCAGGUAUAUCUUAAAACUGAUUCUUGGAAAAUGUACAUGUAUUUUGGAAUCACUAGUCGAUGACGAUUGUUACUACGUGGAUUUUUGUUUUACUUAUUUUAAAUUUCGAACUUCUUAAAAUAUAUAAAUAUAUAUGUGUAUAAAAAUAUAUAUAUGUGUGUGUGGGGGGGGGGGGUGCGUGCGUGCGUAUGUGUGUGUGUGUCUGUAUGUAUGUAUGUAUGUGUAUUAUUUGGUUACAGCAACAAUCAAAUUGUUUAAUUACAUGUACUUAUAUGUAAUAAAUUAAUCAUUUAGCACAGUUACCAGUGUACUUGUAUGGGUGUGGGUGUGCGCUCACAUAUGCGUGUUCGUGUGUCUGUGUCUUUGCUUGUUUUCCAAAAAUAUGGCUUAUGAAGUCAAGCCAAUUGAUGCACAAAAAUACUAAUGGAUCAUCUAUGUUCUUUUUUUCACUUAAUGCUAAACAUCUUUUGAAGUUUUCUAAAUGGUUCUAGUUUAAAAAUAUUUACAAUUUUAAUAAAAAGGAUUGCAUCUGCAGGUUAUGUACACUGAUAUAGGUAAUUGCACGUUUCUCAGUCAGACCAAGACGCCCUAUUUAAAAUUACUUAUGAAAAUUAUAUUGUUUUAAAGCAUAAACAGAGUAAAAAAAAAAAAAACUUUAAUAACUUCCAUUUUGCAUGCAGAAACACAUCUUUCACAAGAGCUACAUUGGACAUAUAUGGUAUUAAUCUGGCAAAUCAUUCAUACUAUUCUUAAAGAUAGCAAAUGUGAUUUGCUAGAUUCCAUAUUUAGGAAUCUAGCCAGAAAAAAAAAUGACAACAGAGGUAUGAAGUUGGGUUAUGCUUGCCCAAAUUCAUAAAAUUAAACCUUGGCUAUAAUUCAGUUUUGUGUAACAGCAGGUAUUCCAUUAAAUUUCCCUUUGCCCUAGAGCUGUUACAUUUUUUUUGUUGUUGUUUUUAUUACCUUCUUUUCUAGACUAUAUGAGGGUGUUCUCUAAAAAUUAUUAUAUCCAAAAAACAGUGGAUGAUGUAGUGUCACAAAAGUAAAAUAGGAUUAAAAGUUUAAUGCUGGACUUAGGAGUAGCACUGUAUGCAAUAUAUUAGUCUGAAGUAGUUGUGCUCUGAAUGAUUAGCUAAUCUACUUUAAAUUGAGGGCAAUCAAAUUUUUUGGUUGAGUUGUAGGAGAAUUAACAGGUAGAGUACAGUUGAAUCUGAUAGCCAUCCAUGACAGUGACAUAAUCUGAAAG